AUGGCGACUGCUCUCUUUGAUCAUCUCCAUAACUAUAGAUUGAAACGCCAUGUGACGAAGCCGGAAUUAGUCAGUGAAGAGCUUGGUGUCCACGUUAUGCAGCGCCUCGCACCGUUCCUUCACCGCAAUGCACCCAUGGAUAUUCUCGAUUUAUGGCCAGGCUGCGGACUUUUCUCGUCGAAAGUCAACGAGUUCCUUCGUCCGCGUCGACAUGUUAUGUUAGAGCCGGACUUGUAUAUCUUUGACAAGUUCCUGAAGCCUCUAACCGAGAAAGGGGAGGGCUACAAAUUGCUGGACACAAACCCUCGUUCUGUCUCCGCCUGGGAGGAGCUUCUGAAAGAACAUUUUCCUGAGCAGGGACCUGAGAGUGCCGAUACCAGCGGGGCACUACCUUGCAAUCCCAACUUGCUGGUGGUCGCCAACUUGACGCGCCCGCCCUCGCAGAAAGACCACAUGACUACAACCCGAUGGAUUUCUAGUUUCAUGGAAGCCUGUCUAUGGCAAACGGGCUUGCACUCAUACGGUGCUGUUCGCCUGUUGGCUGUGCUGCCUCAGGAUGAUUCCAACGGCAUAAUUCCCCGCGAACCCGGCGACCGCAAACGCGCCGCGAUUUUGACUGAGAACGUCGCUCGGCACAACGUCAUGGUUGCCACACACGAUGAGAUUUGCUUCUGGGCCAACGUAAAGGGUGUCAAGUACGCUGAAGAGGAACGUAUCCGUGUCACAGAGCAAGCAUCGGCCAACGGUUUCCCGCCUAUUCCGGGCCGUGAGCCAGCCCCUUUUAUCGCCACGCCGGACCUCUCCCAUUUUGCUCGGGACUUCGAAAAGUAUCGCUACGAGCCCCGCAUUCGGACCGAUCUCCAUUCGCAGCUGCUGGCGGACAUCGAUAGGGUUGAUAAGAUGUCAUCGAGCGUGCCGGAUUACCAACAAGCCAAAAAGGCCCGCGGUCGCGCAAUCACUCGGAUCAACUCAGAAAACCGAGCAAACGGCCUCAACAGACUUGUUGUCGAGAAACUGACGCAGCUGGAUGAGCUGUACAAGAGUGUGGCCCGCUUGGCCGCGCGCCCGACAACCACGCGCGCCGACUUCGAGCCGCUCCUUUCUGAAAUCGCCUCCUUGAAGCAAGUCAUCGAUGCCCAUAGCAAAAAGAUCCAGACUAAAUGGCGGCCCUCGCUACGAUAUAUGCUAGACGACAUGCGCUCCCGGGCCGCCGACGACAGGGCGGCCUUGCUGCACUGGGACCGCCGGCCCUUUGAGCCGCUACGCAUCCAGUCCAACGAGAUGUACCCGCAGGAUGAGAAGCGCACGAUGCUCUACUUCGAACCGGACCCCAACUCGGCCGUGGCGCGCAAGCUUUUCGCCCUCGACCCCGAGACGCGCGCCGCCGCCGCCGACCUCUUCGAAAUCCUCACCCUCUCCCUGUACCGCGGCCGCACCGAACUCACCCUCGGCGAGAUGCUGCCGUUGGUGUUCCCCGGCCGAUCGAUCAACGACUGUGUGCGCGCGAUCCCCGGCCUGGCGCAGCACACCGUCCGCACCCCGAAGCCGGAUUUCGACGCCCUGCCCAAGACCCUCAUCGCCGAACCCAAGCAGCCCGAGCAGCAGCCGGACCCCGCCAUGUGCUUCCAGGAGAACCUGGAUUACGACGUCAGCGACGUGUGCGUGCACAUCAUCCCGUGCCCGGUCCUAUGGGACAUCUGCAUCGAAUACUCACACUACGAGCACCGCCAGUCGGUCCGGUCGCUCGCUCGAGCCCUUGGCGCCACGAUGACACAUUCCCGGCUGGGGUCGCACCUCACCAAAGGGAAGAGACUUCACUGA